GUGAAAUUUCAGUUGAAAGUAUCUAAAUUCCUUUUAGUUUCCACUAAAUCAUUUAUCCAACAGGUCAAUGGCCGCAAAUAAAGGCGCGAUGUCAUUAGGACUCGUCCUUCUAGGAGCGAUAGGAUUUUUGGGCUUUGGUUGGGCUGCGUCUGCCGCCCAGGAAAAGGUCUAUCCAAUUGAACAAAAACAGGAGGUUCUUAAAUCGGAUGAUACAAAAGAGGAUUGUUCCGAGAAUGACAUUUUUGGCUGUCACGAAGAUCAAGAUUGGGCAAUUAUUGAACCAUGUUGUUCAGGAUUUUGUUGUAGACCAACAGGGUCUCAAUAUGGUCGUUGCAGCGAUUGGGGAUCGUGUUAAAAUACAGACUAAUUUGAUACAAUUUUAUAUUUUUAAUCAAGAAAACUGAUUAAAUAUAACAAUGAGUAACACAUAAUCUUAUCUUAGCUGCAAGCAUGCAUAAUCGAACUAUUUUGUAAUCAAUGUGUAAUUGAGAAGCGUGAUACGACAUAUUAACAUAACACUCUUCAUGCAGCAUUUAACAAAUACAUACAGAACAUAUAAACCUCAUAUUUAAAAACAUUUGCAAUUUUAAUACUUUUCGACAUGUUUGCAAAGAUAAAAUAUUUUGUAGCUUUAGCAGUUUUGUCGCAAGCGGUCACUGCCCAGGACCCUUCACUUUUUUGUCUGGAUCAAGCAACCUGUUGCGAAGGAGUCCCUGAUGUUACUUCACUUGGAGAUUGGGACAAUUGUACCAUAUUUUACCUGUGCUUUGGUGGUGCUCCUUCAGUUAACCGUUGCACCAAUCCAAGUUUCCCAGCAUACAAUCCAGAAACAACGUUCUGUAUUGCUGAAGUCGAUGGAUGCGUUGAUGGGACACGAGCCCCCAUUGGUCAAACUACGACUUCUAUGACCACCAUUACUACACAACCCCCAAUUUCAACGACAGAGUCUCAUGUGGAUGGGAAUUGCACAGAAGAUGGAGCGUAUUUUGUCCCAUAUCCUGGAGACUGUAGAAAAUAUAUGAUAUGCAGUUCUAACGUUCUUCUUCCUGAUGUGCAGCAAUGUCCACCCGGAACGUUAUUUGACCCAGAUUUGAGGGAAUGCAAUCUCGAAGACUUGGUCGAAUGCAAACCCCAGUGUCCAGACGUAGGAACCAUUACACUUCCACAUGACAAAAAUUGCUCGUUAUACUGGUUGUGUUCAAUGGGGACUGCUAACCUAAGGCAGUGUCCACAAGGCCUUGUUUAUGACCCUAUAUUGACCACGUGCAAUGUUGAAAGCUUGGUUUUUUGCCCAAACCUGUGUCCACCUGAAGGAGCUGUGAAUCUUCCCCAUGCGAGCAACUGCAGUCUCUAUUGGCUGUGCACAUUUGGUAACCCUACGCUUAGAUCUUGUCCUGCCGAUCUUCUUUUCGACCCUGUUUUGGGACAGUGUAAUUUGCCGAGUGAAGUGAAUUGUGGAAGUCACAUCAUUGCUGCUUAUAACAAUGUAAGGACUAUAUUGGUCGGCAAUGCAUACGACUAUGACGAGUCUGACAGCCUAUUCGACUCCCACGAGGAUGAGUGGGACACCACGGAUUAAAAAAUCUACUGAGUUUCAAGAAAAAAUUGCAAAUAUCUAUGUUCCCAAGAUUAAACGAUGUGUGAGAUUAUGGAAAUUUAAUGGUUUGGUACAAGGAAAAUAAAGUUGGUCAAAUUACGCAUA